UCAAAUCAUAGUAAGAUUUCUUACACAAUCAUGAACUCUUUAACAAUUUGCUUCUUUGUUGUCAUUGCUGUGACAUUGUCACAGGCCAAAAUUGACCGGGACAAUGCAUUCCACAUGGAACAUUAUCAUCCAAAAUCCCCAGGAUAUUUACCACCUGGUUUACUCCAUCCAAGAGUAGUCGGUGGACAAGAAGCCGCUAAAAACCAAUUCCCAUACCAAGUUGGAUUAUAUGUAGAUCUUGGAUAUGGAACUGCAUUCUGUGGAGCUACUUUAAUUUCCAAGAAAUUCGCCAUGACUGCUGCUCACUGUGCAAGCGGAGCAUACGGUUUUGAACUUGUCCUUGGUGCCCACACAAUUGGCGCACCUGAAGCAGGUAGUAUUACUGUAACAUCAAGCAAAGCUAAGGUUCAUCCAAACUACGAUCCAUACAACAUUGAAAACGACAUUGCAAUCAUCGAAUUAGACGAAGAAGUUCCAUUAAACGAACAAAUCAAUAUUGUUCCAUUACCAAAACGAUCUGAUGCUUCAAACCAGUUCGCUGGUGAACAAGGAACACUUAGCGGGUGGGGUAAAACAUCUGACAGUGGCAGCAUUAGCCCAGUCUUACGUUUUAUGUCAAAUCCAAUUCUCACCAACUCUGAAUGCAGCGCUAACAUGGCUGGUUUGAAUAUUCCAUCAACACAAAUUUGCUCAUCUGGCGAAGGAUUAAAAGGCGCUUGCAAUGGUGACAGUGGUGGCCCACUUGUUGUUUACGAAAAUGGAAAACCAAAACAAGUUGGUAUUGUUUCAUAUGGUUUGAUUUAUGGCUGUGUUAAAGGAUACGCAUCUGCUUAUACCCGAGUCACUUCCUUCUUGGACUUCAUUGAAGAAAACUCUGAUGUUAUUAUCCAAUAAUAAGAAACUUGUUUUUUGUAUACUGACCCUUCCUAAAUUUUUUGUACAUUUUUUUAUGCUUUAAUAAAUUUUAAGUUUCAAA